ACCCACCGAUAAUAUAAAAAUCCUUGUCCGGCCUGCUUUCCUCUUUCUCCGUUUUCUCGCCUCACCGCGUUCUAAGAGAGGAAGAGCAGGAUCCAAUAAAUUUCACAGGAUCUUCGGCCAUGGCUUCGAAGCGCAUCUUGAAGGAGCUGAAGGAUCUGCAGAAGGAUCCUCCCACUUCUUGCAGCGCAGGUCCUGUGGCUGAAGACAUGUUUCACUGGCAAGCAACUAUAAUGGGUCCCCCAGACAGUCCUUAUGCAGGAGGAGUUUUUCUAGUUACUAUCCAUUUCCCUCCAGACUAUCCAUUCAAACCACCUAAGGUAGCCUUCAGGACAAAGGUCUUCCAUCCUAAUAUCAAUAGCAACGGGAGCAUUUGUCUUGACAUUUUAAAGGAGCAAUGGAGUCCUGCCUUGACCAUUUCAAAGGUUUUGCUCUCUAUCUGUUCUCUCUUGACGGAUCCAAACCCAGAUGACCCGCUGGUUCCUGAGAUUGCUCACAUGUAUAAGACUGAUAGGAACAAGUAUGAGACUACAGCGAGGAGCUGGACCCAGAAGUAUGCAAUGGGCUAAAGCCGCAACAACGCAGUGGGCGGGAAAAAAGAUAGUUUGAGGUUGCUUUCCUCCCUAUCUUAGUUUCAAGUUUGGUGUUGUAUCCCGGUUAUUUGUGCUUUUCCUUGUAUUAGGCCUGUCAAGAAUUGGAAAAGGCCUGUUAUUAUGUAUCCUUGAAAAUUGCUAAUUUCAUUGAACUUUGUGUGGUUCUAAGCCUAAAACUUUUCAGCGCCUAUUGAUACAUCCACGACUCUGGUAGCUAAUCACUCAAAUCUGGAACAGAUUUUGAACAGACAAUGUGUGUGUUUUAAACGUACAAAUCUUCUGUUUA